AGGGAGUAGGGCUCAUAAAGCCGGAGAAGCCUGGGAGAGGAGGCCAGCUGACCCAGAGGCUCCGGGGAGGACAAACUGGCAAAGAACUUGCUGGAGCGAAAGGAAACUAACAUUUGUCAAGGCCUGCUUGCCUUCUGGUGGCAUAUGAAGUUCCCCUGGCCAGGGAUCAGAUCCAAGCCACAGUUGCAACCUAAGCUGCAGCUGUGGCCCCAGCGGAUCCCUAACCCACUGUGCUGGCCUGGGGAUGGAACCUGCCUCCUAGCACUCCCAAGACACCACCGAUUCCAUUGUGCCACAGUGGGAACUCCUCUCAUCCCCCUUUGAAACAUUCUUUUCAUUCUGAGGCAAUUAUAUUCUCACCAAAAGUGGCAAAAAUUGGUCCUUCGCCAGGUCAUCCUCUGAGCUUUGUGCUUUGCAGUUGGGGGAGAGAGUGUGCUGGGGAGGCCCUUGGAGAAGGGCCGGUCUGACUGGAGCCCUGUUCUUCCUGGGCCCACCCCAGACAGCAGGCCGGGGCUCACACUUCCUCUAGUAUAGUUUGUAUACACUCCGAAGAUGGGUCUGGGGCUGUCCCGUUUGUCUUGGCGUCCUUAACCCCCGCGAGCAGUCCCACCUACAGCCGUCCAGGCCUGCCAAGCACACUGGGACCUGGUCCCCGCCCUUCAGUGACACACACAGCCUGCUCUCCCAGACCCGCCUCUGCCUCCCACAGUCCUUUAUGAGAACUGCCAGUCCAGCGGGGCAGGUGAGGCAGGGUGACCUCAGGCCUCUGCAGUCCCCGCCAAGCCUGAAAUGCUAAGCUUCUAGACAGGCCUGCCCUUGCACAACUUUUAAGCAGGGGAGUGGGGUUUGUACUGACUUUGGAGGGGUUCUGACUUCCAAAUCAGGCUUCUUUCCACUCUAAAUUCAUCCUUGGGAGCAAAAGUCAAGGAGCCCCCAAAAUGGCGAGGGGCAAAGGCUGCUGUGGUUCACAGCGUGGCUUUUUUUUUUUUGUCCCCCUGCCCGGAGGCAUAUGGAAUUCCCGGGCCAGGGAUCCGAGCAGCCAGUGGCAACCUCCAUGGCAUCUGCGGCAAUGCUGGAUCCUUAGUCCACUGUGCCCCGAGCUAGGGAUCGAACCUGUGCCCCAGAGCUCGAGAGACACUGCUGGUCCCAAUGCGCCACAGUGGGAACUACCGAAAGGUGUUCUUCGCAAAGGGGCCGGCAGUGUCCUCCAACAUUAUCGAACUAUGGUGCAACCCACAAACACGGGGGUCUCCCCGCAGCCAAAGCCUCUUUGGCAGCCUCACCCCGAAGGUCAAACCGGGGUCAUCGGAGCCCUUGACCAUGUCAGAUGAGGUGGGACUUCCCCUCCUCCCACCUUCCCCGGCCUUCCCACCCCAGGCCGCACUAGCGGCCGCCCUGGGCUCCCACCGAACUCCAGACUUUGUGCAAUUACAUGUUCUCUGGAGCAGGCCCUUGGGCUGCCUGAACUCUCAGAGCCUGGCAAAGCCAAGAGUCUCCCAGUAUCCAGCAUAGGACCUGGCGCAUGGCAACGUGGUCCCUAAAGUCCAGGCUGCAGCAAGACCUUGGGAGGCGGCUGAGCACCAGGUACCACACCGUGGACUCAUUAGGCCCUGGUCCUCAUUGACCCGGGGCUGGGAAGGAACUCUAGUCUCAGAAGUGGCGACUUGGCUACCGGUCCUGAGACUGCCCCUGAGCAGCUCUGAGAGCCAGGGCAAGGCGCUUGUGAGAGGUGUCAGACUGACCGCUUUCUUUCUUUUUUGGCCACCCCUCGGCCUAUGGGGUUCCCGGGCCAGGGAUCAGAUCCAAGCCACGGGUGCGACCUGCGCCACAGUUGCGGCAAUGCUGGAUCCUUUAACCUACUGCGCCAGGGCCGGGGAUCGAACCUGUGUCCUGGCGCUGCAAAGACGCCCCUGAUCCCAUUGUGCCACAGCAGGCACUCCUAACCGAUGGUUUUCUCAUUCAGAAACAGGCAUCCCCACAUACUCACUACCGAAGGCCAUGGUGCUCAGUACAAAACGCUCUGUUCUCUACCCAGCCAUGUGCCCUAGUGGGGAACCUGCCUCUAACUGGCAGAAUUUCUCUAACCUGGACGAAGGCAUCUUAUGGACAGCCCUGGGGGAGAGGGCUUGGCCAGGGGCUCCAUGCAUUUGGACCCCUCUGCCCUGGAAGGCUGUGGGCUGUCUUGUCACAAUGGACUGGAGAACCGCUGUACUCUGAGCUGCUGGCCUGCAGGGGAGAGAGGAGGGGAGAGGGACUAAGGUCCUAAGUCACUUUUUCCAGAGAGGAAACUCCAAGGACAAAAUGCUGGACGGCAUGGUCUGAAGCCUAGUGCCACCCCUUCUUAAGCUGAUCUUGGUCAAGUUAGUGCACAUCUGUGAAAUUCAGUGUUCCCUCUGUGGAGCAGUGAGAAUAAUACCAUUUUUUUUUUUUUUUUCCCCAGGGCCACACUUACGGCAUACGGAAGUCCCCAGGCUAGGGGUCCAACUGGAGCUGCAGCUGCGGCCUGUGCCACAGCUCACGGCCAUGCCAGAUCCUUAACCCACUGAGUGAGGCUACGGAUGGAACCUGCGUCCUUAUGGAUACUAGCCAGGUUCUUAACCUGCUGAGCCGCAACGGGAACUCCCAAUAGCAACUUUCUUGAGGCUUCUCGUGCAACAAAUGACAGAGAGCCUUCUCUGUGUCCUGCAGUGUUGUCAGGUGUUGAGAGAAUUAAAUGGCAACUAGGGAGGACUCAGUAAGUUCCAGCUACUGUUCCUCUGAGGCUGACUGUGUAAAUGUUUGGUGAAUGAAUUCCACCCGGGACCUUGGUGGACUGCAAGUGAAGCUGCGGUGCAUCUUAGGGGAGGGGCUGAGACUUUGUCCCUACUUGCCUUAAAGUGCCAGGGGGACCUGCUCCUGCUGGAGGUGGGGUGGGAGCCCCCAUUCCCCUACCAGCCCCCUGCAAGCACUGCGUGAGGGCCCCCUAGCCCUCAAGUGGUCGUGGUCAUUCCGUCACUGCUCUGUGUGUCUAUCCAAGACUUGGCAGGGCAGAGCUGGGCAGGGAAGGGGAGGGGAGGGGAGGGAACUGAGCUCUGCAUCUGGAUUCAUCAGGGCUGGUGUUCGCCAUCCAGUACUCUGCCCUUGCUGGGCUCCACCGCCCCCUCCAGCCCUGGCCCUAGCCCCAGCCCCAGAGGCACAGGCGUUUCCCGCUCCCGGGCCGGGCCAGCCUCCUUAAAUACCUCCGGACAACCUCCUUAUCGCCCAGGCCUCUAGCCCCAGUGUCUCUGCACGCAGCCAUGGCCCCGCAGCAGCUCUUCCGCGCACUUGUGUCGGCGCAAUGGGUGGCAGAGGCGCUGCGGGCCCCGCGUGCCGGGCAGCCCUUACAGCUGCUCGAUGCCUCCUUGUACCUGCCCAAGCAGGGCCGAGACGCACGCCUCGAGUUCGAGGCGCGCCACAUCCCGGGCGCCGCCUUCUUUGACCUUGACCAGUGCAGCGACCGCACGUCGCCCUACGACCACAUGCUGCCCAGCGCGGCGCAGUUUGCUGAGUACACCGGCCGCCUGGGCGUGAGCGCUGCCACCCACGUGGUGGUCUACGAUGCCAGCGACCAGGGCCUCUACGCGGCACCGCGCGUCUGGUGGAUGUUCCGCGCCUUCGGCCACCGCACGGUGUCCCUACUUGAUGGUGGCCUUCGCAACUGGCUGCGCCAGGGCCUUCCGCUGAGCGCCGGCAAGAGCCGCCCUGUGCCCGCCGAGUUCCACGCUGUGCUGGACCCCACCUAUGUCAAGACCUACGAGGACAUCAAGGAGAACCUCGAAUCCCGGCGAUUCCAGGUGGUGGAUGCCCGAGCCACCGGCCGCUUCCGGGGCACGGAGCCUGAGCCCCGAGACGGCAUUGAACCCGGCCACAUCCCUGGCACGAUCAACAUUCCCUUCACGGAAUUCCUGACCCCCGAGGGCCUGGAGAAGAGCCCCGAGGAGAUCCGCCGCCUCUUCCAGGAGAAGAAGGUGGACCUGUCUCUGCCCCUGGUGGCCACCUGCGGCUCCGGCGUCACAGCGUGCCACGUGGCACUGGGGGCCUACCUCUGUGGCAAGCCCGACGUGCCCAUCUACAACGGCUCCUGGGUGGAGUGGUACAUGCGUGCCCAGCCAGAAGAAAUCAUCUCUGAGGGCCGGGGGAAGACCCACUGAGGCCUGGCACAUCAGGAAGCUCGGGCGACACCCAGCCACCAGCUGCGCCCCGCCGGGUGGUUCUGACUCUGCUUUCGCCAGGACAGUAUUUCUUCCUCCCACUCAGGUGGCACCUGGGGCCACAUCCCAGAGGGCAAGAAUUCCAUUGACUCGCGGGCUCCCAGUGGAAACAGAAGAGAAGGCGGCAGCGGACGCAGGGGAGGGGAGCCGCCCAUACGGGGCCAAGCCAAAGUCUCUCCUCGCUUCUGUUUCUAUACCAUUGAGGAAAUAAAAAGCCAAGUGCUGAAUCCUUCUAACAC